AUGGGGGUUCAGAUGUCGGAGCCUAAGGCGGGAGUCGAGCCUGUCCAUGCCAUAACCCCCAACUCAUCGACCAUGCCCUUAGGCCAGAUUGAGUUGCUGGUUACAUUUGACAUGCCAGACAAUUUUCGUACAGAGAAGCUUACCUUCGAUGUCACAGACUUCGAGAUGGCGUAUAAUGUGAUCUUGGGCCGCUCAAUGAUAGGUAAGUUUAUGGAAGUGGUGCACUAUACAUACCAGAUGCUUAAUAUCCUGGGCCCUAAAGGGAUCAUAACUGUCAGGGGAGAUCAGCAUGUAGUAGUCAAAUGCGACAAGCAGAACAUGGACAUGGUCGAACACCUCAGUCAAGCAGCAACCACAUCUAAGGGCACGGAUUCCAAGCGUCAGAAGCAUCAAGCCACCGUUGAGAUCAAGGACUCCAAGCUUGUAAGUCUUGCUGAUACUUCCAAGUCCAAUGAGGCCACCAAUUGUGAGAUCAGCGAUGGUGCCGACAACAAAGGGGUAAUGGUGGCGUCAAGAACUGUUUACAACCCCAAAUUGGGUGCAAUGUAG